AGAGAGCUUCAUUUUCUGAUCUGCUUUUGUGCUAAAAUGGAGGCUGGCCUCUCGCCCUGAGUGGAUCGCCUUCCUGGUUGAGGUUUAGAUGUUGACAUGCAAUAAAUCUGGAGACAGGAUGGUUGUUGAUGCACCGAACUCCAAUGGGCCUUUUCAGCCGGUGGCUCUAAUGCACUUCAGAGAUGUGGCCCCCGCUGAGCAGGAGAAGCUCUUCAUCCAGAAGCUACGGCAGUGCUGCGUCCUUUUCGACUUCCUCUCCGACCCGCUGAGCGACCUGAAAUGGAAGGAAGUGAAGCGGGCGGCACUGAGCGAGAUGGUGGAGUACAUCACCCACAACAGGAAUGUCAUCACAGAGCCCAUCUACCCAGAGGUGGUGCACAUGUUUGCAGUGAACAUGUUCAGAACGCUGCCUCCAUCGUCCAACCCUACUGGAGCCGAGUUUGAUCCAGAGGAAGAUGAGCCCACACUUGAAGCUGCAUGGCCACACCUCCAGCUCGUCUAUGAAUUUUUCCUUAGGUUUUUAGAAUCGCCUGACUUUCAGCCGAACAUAGCAAAGAAAUACAUCGACCAGAAAUUUGUUAUGCAGCUUCUAGAACUAUUCGACAGUGAGGAUCCCAGAGAGAGAGACUUCCUAAAAACUACCCUCCACAGGAUCUACGGGAAAUUCCUGGGGCUCAGAGCGUACAUCAGAAAACAGAUUAAUAACAUUUUCUAUAGGUUUAUCUAUGAGACAGAGCACCAUAAUGGUAUAGCUGAACUACUGGAAAUACUUGGAAGCAUAAUCAAUGGAUUUGCCUUACCACUAAAAGAAGAGCACAAGAUUUUCCUGUUGAAGGUUUUAUUGCCUCUGCACAAAGUCAAAUCACUCAGUGUCUACCAUCCACAGCUGGCCUACUGCGUGGUACAGUUUUUAGAAAAGGACAGCACUCUUACUGAGCCGGUGGUAAUGGCUCUACUAAAGUACUGGCCAAAGACUCACAGUCCCAAGGAAGUGAUGUUCCUCAACGAGCUGGAGGAGAUCCUGGACGUCAUCGAGCCCUCCGAGUUUGUCAAAGUACAGGAGCCUCUUUUCAGACAGCUGGCCAAGUGUGUGUCCAGCCCGCACUUCCAGGUGGCAGAGAGAGCCUUGUACUACUGGAACAAUGAGUACAUCAUGAGUCUGAUCAGCGACAACGCAGCGAAGAUUCUGCCCAUCAUGUUCCCAGCUCUGUACCGCAACUCUAAGACCCACUGGAACAAGACCAUCCACGGCCUCAUCUACAACGCUCUGAAGCUUUUCAUGGAGAUGAAUCAAAAGCUUUUCGAUGAUUGCACACAGCAGUUCAGGGCAGAGAAAAACAAAGAGAAGGCGAAGUCGAAAGAACGUGAAGAGGCUUGGAUUAAGAUCGAGAACCUCGCCAAGUCCAAUCCACAGUUCUCUGUGUAUGUUGAUUCCUCUGACCUCAAUAGUCCUGUAGCAAUGGAGACGGAUAUCCCUUUGAUAGAAGAUGUUCAGAGGUUAAAAAAGACAGUUGAGGAGGGCGCGACUCAGUUGCAGCAUGACCAUCGGAAAGAGCGGCCUAUGGUGCGACGCAAAUCUGAGUUGCCUCAGGAUAUCUACACCACAAAAGCCUUGGAGUCCCACCGCAGAGCUGAAGACAUGUUGACCACCCACGAUGGACUCUAGUUAUCCUGCUACCUGCCGGCUCUUUGGUUCAACUGCCCCCCUUACCCUCAACAGCCAUGGACAUCCUCUACGCCCAGGAGCCAGAAUUUCUGGUUAACCUCACUUGGCUCUCCAUCCAUCCUCCUUCACAUCAGUUUACCCACAAUCCUUAGUUCUCCUUCAUUCCAAACGCCCUGAAUCCCCAUCCCUCAGAUUUCUGCUUUCUCAGGUUUUUGUUCUUUAUUUGGAGAUGAGCGGGAGUGUAUUUAUGUGUCUUUUAGCCCACAUUCAGUGUGUCCUUUAGUUUACUCCCCACAACAGUCCCUGGUUUCUUCAUCCGCCGCCCUGCACUCACUGUUAGUGUGGAACCAGGGGGUACAGACGUUACAGAGCUUCAUUCCUUCUCACAAACGUGUUCACGAUGGAUGGAAACAUAGGAACUGACUGACUCACUGUCUAAGGAUCAUCUCUUGGUCUCUGCUUGGUUUUCUUUUCUGUCAAAGGGAACAAAACCAGAACCGGUUGGUGAAAAAAGAAAGACAAGACUUUCCCGUCAUCUGUUUUCUUUUUGCUAACGGACAUCUUGUCAGUGCCAAGACCGUUGUGUUCUUUAUGUCUGUCUGUGUCAUCUUUUUAUGUAAUGGGGACGCCUGCCUUUGUUUUCUGCUGGUGUUUAAGGGUUUUUAUUUUAGGUUAAAGCACACCAGACCAAACUGAGGCCCGUCCUCGGCCUUGCAAUGUCCGGGAAAGAUGGCAAGGAAAGGAGACGUUGUCCUGUGGACAUCCAACACUUUCCAUUUUAUUGUUUUGUGCCAUAUGCCGCUCUUUUUAUAUGCUUGCUUCCCUAUGUUCAUUGGCAAUAUUUGACAAACCAGACCAUCGUGAUAUAACAGUUCAAACAAUGGUACUCACUGUGUUUCAGUUCAGUGGAUUAUGACGAACAUGAAUGCAUGCAUUUGCUACCUUGGGUGGAGGAGAAGAAUCCGAAGGCCCUUCAGAGGGCGGCUGAGUGGUGGGUUUUAUAUUUACUGUAAAAUGCAUAGGAAUGAUUAUCUUUAUAAAGGAAGUCUAAUCAGAAGUUAGUUCAUGUUGAAUAGGAUAGAAAGGUCUCCCUCUUGUUGAUGGUUUUAAGCAGUGAUUAUGUGUUAAAGAGUCCUAAUUAAAAAUAGUUAAUUUAUUAUCAAACUCAAGAGCUUGUAACCUCAGUAGUUGUUAAAAGACUGAUCAGAAUACUCAAAGUACUUCAUGAGAGCAGCCAAAAACUCCUUUAAGUUAAAGGUGUGGCAUGUUCAUGUUGCUACCGUAUGGAGCUACUGUUGCGGAACUAUUUGCAAAUGCAGACAGGGAUUUGUAAACAGUUCUGCAAUUGCGUGGAUGGUUUUUGCAAAUGCGUGCACAAAUCAAUGAAUGUGUGCACAGAUCUGCACAUGUGUAGGUAGUUUUGCAAAUGUGUGUUGUGUUGAAAUUAUUUCAAUAUAGACAGCAAUUCAACCAACGCAGUAAUAGGAAUUUGGAGAAGUGCAACUAGGUCAUCAUUUUUUUCCUCUGUCUUCUCCUGUCAUGUAGACAUGACAGCUUUAAUUGGGUCUAAACUGCUGCACGGUUCUGCAUUGAAUACUGGUCAAGUGGAUGCAUAAACUAAGAGGCAGGCAACAAAACUCAAUUCUCUUACACUUACAGAUCUGAGUAUUCAGCAGAAGUGUUGCAAAUGUGUGUAUGGUGGACCAUUGAGAGGCAGACUUCAGUUCUAAUUGGCUUAUGAGUAUAAACCAACAUAAACUAAGUCCAAAAUUUCAAAUAGGUCUGCACAUUUGCAGGUUUGUGCACGGAUCUGUAGACUGUGCAUGUAUUUGUAAAUCUAUCUUUGCAUUUGCAGAUCUAUGUAAAAAUCUGUGUAUGCAUUUGCAAUAGUUUUGCAACAAUAAUCGCCCCAUACUACCACUCCUAAUUUCAGGUGUCUGGUUGUAUAAAUCCUGAGUGACAUUUUAAGGAAAAUCUCCUCCAGUCAGUACCAUUGUUUCAACUCAGGAGGUCUGCUAGAUUCUUCAUAUUUGACGUGUUGUAUUUCUUUGUCUUGUCUCUGGAGGUUCGUAGCGUGGGUGUCAGGUUUUGGGUUUUUGUUUCACGGCCUUUCAGGAUGCCCAACGUUGAAACACACUGGUAUCAAACGGCCACAAAAAUGCCAGAUGCUGAAAAUAAACAAAUAAAAGACAUUGUGACUUGGCUUGUUAACUGUAUUAAUACUGUAUUUGCUUGAAUGCAAAAAGAUGUAAAUUAGAACUACCAUGUUAAACAUGUACCUUUUACCCUGGAGGAAUGCCAUUCACCAAACUGACUGAUUUCUGUCGUCGAGGUUGUUGCAUUUAUGAAACAGUCCUGCUUGCUGGGAGAGAUGUUUUAUGGAUUUUAUGAGUUUGAGUCAAGAGAUGUUUGAGGUUUAUUUUAGUGCUGAAAAACAAGUCAUCUGUGAUAAGAAGAGAUGAUUUAAAACUGAUUUGGUGGCUUGUUCUCUUUCUGCAGGAUCUUUGCAGAUCUUUUAAUUUUAACAUAUUAUUUCCAAAACAUGAUAACUUAAAGUGUCCUUUUGUAUGUGACCUGUACUAUAUGAUUCAUUUAAUAUUGUAUAUAUGAUUUACCUUGUUUCAUGUAGUGUUAUAUAUCUAGAUUAAUUUUGUACAAAUUGUCCUUCUGUACAGAAUAAAACAUCAAUAGCAAGUGAAAGAAGUCAA